AUCAGGCAGAGAAUGGCCAUUUUAUAGAGAUCCUGUGUGACGUGUAGCUGCUUUCUGGUAGCUACUUGGAGCACCAGUAGGCAGAGUGGAAGUGAAGCUGACGAGUGCUUCUUGGAAAGAACUGUAAUCUACUGUAGUGGGAAAGAGAGAGACACUCAAUCACUGCAGCUGUAAAUAGGAGGCAGGGGAACAGAGCUCAAGCAAAGGAAGGCAGAGUGUUUCUUGGAGGGGGGAUUAAAAAGCAUUUUUGGUGCAUGGGAUGAAGCCAGCCAUGGAAACUGCAGCAGAGGAAACUACAGAACAAAGCCAAGAGAAAAAAGGUUGCUUCGAAUGCUGUAUCAAGUGCCUGGGAGGAGUUCCGUAUGCUUCACUGGUGGCCACAAUUCUUUGUUUCUGUGGGGUGGCACUUUUCUGUGGCUGCGGUCAUGUGGCACUUACAGGAACAGUAACCAUACUUGAACAGCACUUCUCUUCAAACCCCAGCGAUCAUGUCCUCUUGACUGAAGUAAUACAGGUAAUGCAGUAUGUCAUCUAUGGAAUUGCAUCUUUUUUCUUCUUGUAUGGAAUCAUUCUAUUAGCAGAAGGCUUCUAUACCACCAGCGCAGUGAAGGAAGUACAUAGUGAAUUUAAAACUACAGCCUGUGGACGAUGCAUCAGUGGAAUGUUUGUUUUCCUUACCUAUAUUCUGGGAGUGGCCUGGCUUGGCGUCUUUGGCUUUUCUGCCAUUCCUGUUUUCAUGUUCUACAACAUGUGGUCCUCUUGUGAAUUUAUCAAAAUAUUGCCUACAAAUCUGACCACCACAGCCGAUCAGAUAUGCGUGGACAUCCGGCAAUUUGGUAUCAUUCCAUGGAACGCUUUACCUGGAAAAGCAUGUGGGCAAGCUUUGGAACAAAUCUGCAAUAGUAAUGAGUUCUACAUGUCCUACCACCUCUUUAUUGUGGCUUGUGCUGGAGCUGGGGCAACAGUCAUUGCUUUGAUCCACUUCCUCAUGAUUCUGUCUUCUAACUGGGCCUACUUAAAGGAUGCCAGCAAAAUGCAGGUCUACCAAGAUAUUAAGGCAAAAGAAGAGCAGGAGCUUCAAGAUAUCCAGUCACGGUCAAAAGAACAGAUUAAUUCUUACACAUAAAAAUGAUUUCCCCGGCCUUACGCAACUGAGGAGCCAGUAGGUUUUUAUUCGCCAAUCCGCUCAUGCAGAAGAUUAAUAAACCUGCUACCGAACUGUAUUUUUUUUAACCAAUCAAAACCAGUGUGUAACAAAAUAUUCACACCCCCUUCUCUCCGAUAUCUUCAUAUGAAACAUUUCAAAAUGGCAGCACUUUAACGGAACCCAUGCUAACUGUGAUUUGGUGUUCCGUAACUGGUCGCUUCAGUAAAUCGAAAUGGUAGAGCGUCAGUGGGAGACAGUUGGUAGACGGCCAUAGACCAUUGCAUGUUGGACACACGGGGAGGCCCAUUUAUCAAAGAUCGAAUUUCGAAUUCAUGUGAAUUUUUUUUUUACAUUUGAAUAUACUCACAAUUCAACUGCGAGGCUAUUUAAGAAAAAGUUUUAGGGUCGAAGUGAAAAUUCGAAGUAAAAAAAAUGAAAAUUUUGAAUAGGCCUAAAUUAGAUUUGAAUUUGAAAAAGAUGUGACUAUGCGAAUAUCGAAAUUUAUCUUAAUCUUAAAAAAAUUCGACUUCGCCCAUUCACAUCUAAAACCUGCUGAAUUGCUGUUUUAGCCUAUGGGGGACCUCCUAGAACCUAUUUGGAGUCAUUUGGUGUUUUUGGGGCAAAUACUUUGAUUCGAAUUCAAUCAAAUGCGCUAAAAAUGUUGAUUUUUUAAAUUUCUUCUUCGAAUUUUGACGUUAUGGGAGGUCAAAAAAAACUCCCAUUACUUCGAAAUUCGACCCUUGAUAAAUCUGCCCCUUAAUGUCUUAAUUUUCAAUCUAAUGGUUCCGACCCGAAAAUACAAAUCGUAUUUGAUUCAUGCAAAUCUCUAUUAACAUCUCCAAAUGGCUCAACAGACCUCUGUCAUUGACUUGUACGUGAACUCGGCAGGUUUUAAGUGGCGAAUGUUUAAGACUGUUUCCAUGGUCGAGUUUGAUAAAUCUCACAUUCAAAUUUACAUUUGAAUAGGAGGAUUAAAAUUCAAAUGUGUGAAUUUUUGUAUUCAAAUAUGAAAUUACCAUUUGACCCUUGAUAAAUCUACCCCAAAGUGUUACCGUUUUCAUAUAAAAUGUGAGCACUUGAGCCUUUUGUAUUUAACGCCCUAGAAAAGUAGGAAAACAAGUGUGUGUGCGUCUGGUUUCACUGCUUAUUGACAGAUCCUGAUCAUUAAAACCUCCCAGCAACAUGAGCAUAAAUCAGUUUGUAUUUACUGGCUCCCCCUCCUAUAGUUCUCAAUCAAGGUGUAAUGAUUGUUACAGUGUCUUAACUCUACGUAACAAUGGGGAAACCUAUUCAUUGGUGCAUUUAAAUAUAUGGUAGAUAAUUGUUGAUGUAAGUCUCACAUGAUUUCAGUAGUUUAUUGUGGUUCCACGUCCUAAACAGGAUAUUGAAUUAAAAAAAGAAAAGAAAAAAAAAAAGUGGCGUAGGAAAUGCAGAUGAGGUGCCGGCUCUACGUGAUGAUCCACAGAUAUUCCUAAUGUACUUUUGAAAUGUGAACAGAGACUGUUCAGGUAUUUUGUUUGGUUACAAGCCAGAAAAGUUAAAGAAAAAAAAAAAAAAAAAGCCUUUGAAUAUUUGAACACAAGCCGUUUACUGUAUGUUGCGGCCAAUAUAACAUAGUAGCCUAGAUUUUCUUUCAGCAGAUGCAUGAAGUUGAUUGUUUUAGCCCAGUGUCCUCAUUUAUGGGUAAUGAAGGCAGUGAUUUCAAAUAUAGUCAUUUUUUUUCUAUUCUGUGUAGUUGCUGGUAAUUAUCAUGUUGCCUUUACAUUUAGUGUAAUAUUUUUAUGUAAAAGGAAAAAAAAAAUUACAUUUUGCUAUGUAUAAAUUUUGUACCCUAACAGUGAAUCAAUAUUUUCUAUGAGUGCCAAGGGCUUCCUGUAGUUAUAUCCAAGUGUUCUAAUAAAUAUUUAUAGAUAAA